AUGGCUCUUCAGUCCUCUGCCACUCGUACCGAAACCGAUGCCUUCGGUGAAAUCCAGGUCCCCGCGGACAAGUAUUGGGGUGCCCAGACCCAGCGUUCUCUGGGUAACUUCGACAUCAACCAGCCCCAGGAUCGUAUGCCCGAGGCUGUUGUCAAGGCCUUCGGUAUCCUCAAGGGUGCUGCUGCCACCGUCAACAUGAAGUUCGGCCUUGGUAAGCUGCCCUUACUUGGAGAGGUCAUCUCCAACCGUGCGAUCGAAAUUCUGGGAGGUGAGAAGGGCAGCAAGAAGCCCGUCCACCCUAACGACCACGUCAACAUGUCUGCCUCUUCCAACGACUCCUUCCCCACCGCCAUGCACAUCGCUGCGGUUGUCGAGCUGGAGAACAGACUGCUCCCUGCCCUGCAGAGCCUCCGUGAUGCUCUCCAGGUCAAGGUCGAGAAGUUCGACAAGAUCAUCAAGAUCGGUCGUACCCACUUGCAGGAUGCCACCCCUCUUACUCUCGGUCAAGAGUUCUCUGGCUACGUGGCUCAGCUCGACCGCAACAUUGAGCGUGUUAAGGCCUCCAUUCCCCACCUGCGCUACCUGGCCCAGGGUGGUACCGCCGUCGGAACCGGUCUCAACACCUUCAAGGGCUUCGAUGAGGCCAUUGCCGCCGAGGUCACUAAGAUGACCGGCACCCAGUUCUACACCGCCCCCAACAAGUUCGAGGUUCUUGCCGCCCACGAUUCUAUCGUUGAGGCUUCUGGCUCCUUGAACACUCUGGCUGCCUCCCUCUUCAAGAUCGCCCAGGACAUCCGUUACCUCGGCUCCGGUCCCCGCUGCGGUCUGGGUGAGCUGGUUCUUCCCGAGAACGAGCCCGGAUCUUCCAUCAUGCCUGGCAAGGUCAACCCCACCCAGUGCGAGUCUCUCACCAUGGUCUGCUCUCAGGUUAUGGGUAACCACGUCGCUGCUACUAUUGGUGGAAUGAACGGUCAGUUCGAGCUUAACGUCUUCAAGCCCCUCAUGAUCAGCAACCUCCUCCACAGCGUGCGCAUUCUUGCGGAUGGUAUGAAGAGCUUCGAGAAGAACCUGGUGCACGGCCUUGAGGCCAACGAGCCCAGAAUCAACUCUCUCCUUCACGAGAGUCUGAUGCUGGUUACCUGCCUGAACCCCGUUAUUGGUUACGACAUGGCCUCCAAGGUCGCCAAGAACGCUCACAAGAAGGGUCUUACCCUCAAGCAGAGUGCCAUGGAGCUCAAGGCUCUCAGUGAGGAGGACUUCGACAAGUACACCCCUGCUCCCACCACAACCACCACCACCACCCAUGACGACCUCCUCUUCCCCACCACCCUCAUCUCCCCCGAGGUCGUCGCCGCCCUGCCUGAAAACUACACCAUCCGGCCUGUGCGCCGCUCCGACUACCAGCGCGGCUACCUGGACGUGCUGCGCGUGCUCACCACCGUCGGCGACAUCACCGAGGAGCAGUGGAACCAGCGCUACGACUGGAUUUCCUCGCGCAACGACGAGUACUACCUGCUGGUGGUCUGCGAUGGCACGGAUCGCAUUGUUGGUACCGGCAGCCUGAUCGUCGAGCGCAAGUUCAUUCACUCGCUGGGCAUGGUCGGGCACAUCGAGGACAUUGCCGUCGAUAAGGAUCAGCAGGGUAAACGCUUGGGGCUGCGGCUCAUUCAGGCCUUGGAUUUUGUUGCUGAGAAGGUGGGGUGUUAUAAGACUAUUCUCGAUUGCUCCGAGACUAAUGAGGGAUUCUACCUUAAGUGUGGGUUCAAGCGUGCGGGAUUGGAGAUGGCUCACUACUAUUAA